AUCAAAGCCUACUGAACAGGUUCAACAAGCUUUGGAUUCGUUUAAAGGUUUAUUACGUAAUAGACAGUUUCUUCUCAUGUUGAUUAAAACACUGGAGAAAGAGCAAUCUUUUACAAUAAAUGACAAGUCAAAUGUUGCCACAAUACUGAUGAUUCUUAAUCACGACAACAUGGAAUAUGUGACUGGAAUACUAACAACACUGCUAGAUGACCUGAUUGACAAGAACAUUGCAUCAGGUACACCGAAACUUCUCCUCAGAAGAUCAGAAUGUGUGGCCGAGAAACUCCUCACCCAUUGGUUGUCAAUCUGUUUGUACCAUUACCUUAAAGAGUGUUCUGGAUCAGCCUUGUAUAUACUUUACAAAGCAAUUAAAAUUCAGACCGAGAAAGGACCGAUGGACUACAUUACAAACUGUGGGAAAUAUACGCUUUCGGAGGAUAAACUGAUCACAUCGGCCGAUACCGAGAUCAAUCCAGUCACUCUGGUAACGUUUUAAAACUUUAAUCGGUGGUCA